CGCAGGCGCAGAAUAUUCUUAUCCUUCUCUGGUCGCUCGACGCAGUGGAUGUUGAAGACCAUAUGUUUAUCAAACACAUACAACUUCGAAGAAGUUACCAAAAUACCUGCUAUUUCAACCGAGUUUCAUGGAAGACUCUGGUGAUCCCAUGAUGGGAAUGCUAGACACAAAUUCUCCUGACAGUGGGGACACUAUGGAAGCUACGGGGGCUGAUUUUGGCACAGAUCUGACCGCUCCUGGCUGGACUACGGCACAGGUUCCUCUCACAAACUUAGAAGGUCAAGAAUGCGAUCAGGUGCAACAGGCGAUCGCCACUGAACAGCACCAGCUCUACUCGAUGGACCUUAUUAAAACUGCAGCAGAUAACGUCAACCAGAAGUCCAGUGGGUCAGACCCCGGUCUAGAUAACUCUGUGCAGGCAAUCGCUCAGCUGUCAGAAUUAAACGGAGAGCAUACGGACCAAUCAGCAGAGCAGACGGCCGGCGACUCGGAGAGCCCUUCGAACAUGGAGCUCGAGGACGUGCCCAAAGAGGGAGCAGAACCAGCCGCAGGUUCGACUGAGGCACAAGAGCCUGAACUUCCCUUAGAGUAUGAGAGGCUCUAUAAGGUUGUGGAAGAUGAUCCUGAAGACUUCAACGGCUGGGUUUACCUUCUGCAGUAUGUUGAACAAGAGAAUCACCUGGUGGCUUCAAGGAAGGCGUUUGAUGCAUUUUUCCUACACUAUCCAUACUGUUAUGGAUAUUGGAAGAAAUACGCAGAUAUUGAGAAGAAACAUGGCUGCAUUCAGGUUGCAGAUGAGGUGUAUCGACGAGGUCUUCAGGCCAUUCCGCUCAGUGUCGACCUUUGGCUUCAUUACAUCACGUUCCUGAGAGAGAACCAAGACACCAGCGAUGGAGAGGCGGAAAAUCGCAUCAGAGCGUCCUACGAGCAUGCAGUCCUCGCCUGUGGUACAGAUUUCCGUUCUGACCGUUUGUGGGAAGCGUAUGUCAGCUGGGAGCUGGAGCUAGAGAAACUGGCCAAUGUCACAGCCAUCUAUGACCGUGUCCUCUGCAUUCCUACACAGCUGUACUCGCAGCACUUCCAGAAGUUCAAAGAGCACGUACAGAACAACAAUCCCAAGCACUUCCUGUCUGAAGAGGAGUUUGUGCAGCUCAGAGUGGAACUGGCCAAUGCUAAUAAACCCAACGGAGAUGAGGCUCCUUGUGAAGAACUGCCACCGGGCACAGAAGACCUGCCCGAUCCUGCUAAGAGAGUGACGGAGAUUGAAAACAUGAGACAUAAAGUGAUCGAGACGCGACAGGAGAUGUUCAACCAAAAUGAGCAUGAAGUCAGCAAACGUUGGGCCUUUGAAGAGGGGAUCAAGCGUCCGUACUUCCACGUGAAAGCGCUGGAGAAGACCCAGCUGAGCAACUGGAGAGAGUACCUUGACUUUGAGCUGGAGAACGGCACACCGGAGCGCGUCGUGAUUCUGUUCGAGCGCUGCCUGAUCGCCUGCGCACUCUACGAGGAGUUCUGGAUCAAGUACGCCAAGUAUCUGGAGGGCUACAGCACUGAAGGAGUGAGGCACAUUUACAAGAAGGCCUGCAGUAUCCAUUUGCCCAAGAAGCCUGCUGUUCAUCUCCUCUGGGCGGCGUUUGAGGAGCAGCAAGGGAACAUUGACGAGGCCCGCAGCAUUUUGAAAGCGUUAGAGGCGGCGGUCCCGGGAUUGGCCAUGGUGAGGUUACGCAGAGUGAGUCUUGAGCGUCGUCAUGGCAACAUGGAUGAAGCAGAGGCCUUGUUGCGCGAUGCCAUCACAAGCGGGAAGAGCGGCAGCGAAUCGUCAUUUUACGCCGUGAAACUGGCCCGACAGCUGGUGAAGGUGCAGAAGAGUAUCACAAAGGCCAAGAAAGUUCUGAUGGAUGCCAUCGAGAAAGAUGAGACGAACCCAAAGCUCUACCUGAACCUGCUGGAGCUGGAAUAUAGUGGAGACGUUCAACAGAAUGAAGCUGACAUCAUUGCCUGCUUUGACCAAGCGCUCGGCAGCCUGAUGGCGCUGGAGUCACGUGUCACUUUCUCACAACGCAAAGUCGAGUUUCUCGAGGACUUCUGCAGUGACAUUAAUGUACUUGUGGCCGCAUACGAUCAACAUCAGAAGCUCGUAAAGGAGCUAGACUCAACAAAGAGGAAAGCAGAGAACGGCUCACAGGAGCUAGAUGCAAAGAGACAACGGACAGAUGACCAAUCAGCAGCCUCCGGUGAAAUGAUGCAGGACAUGCAGGCCAACCAAGCAGGAUACAACUAUAACAACUGGUAUCAGCAAUAUAAUUCAUGGGGAAGUCAGAACUCGUGGGGUCCAUACAGCCAGUACGGCCAGUAUAACCAGUACUACCCACCACCCCCCACAUAACGGACUACAGCGACCUGUUUGAGCACCAUCUUUUUACCUGUUCAUACAGCUUCAUCAUUCUCACAUUUAGACUUUGUUGUGUGUUUUUCUGGCAUGUUGAAAGAUAAAUUGAGCAUAUUUUUCCCCUUCUGUAAAAGUGCAAGUGAGUUUAAUUUUUUGUUUUGGAGGUUUAAUUCUGUUAGUUGAAUGAUUUACAUUUGUAUGGAAGGAGUUUAACCUCAGCUCUGUGAUCUUGUGUUCAGAGAUAAACAUUUUUUAUUUGAAUUUGGUUUCAUAAUAAAGAGAUUGACAUCUUCGACU